CAUUUUCUAGUCGUCGUCUGUACUUUGGCUGAGAUAGCUGCUGGAUUGGCUGGGGAGAAAAAAUUAAUAAAAAAAAAAUUUUAUUGACUGUCACGAGGUGAUCUGAUAAUGGCAGACGUGGAACACAAUCCAGAAGAGGCCACGAGGCUCACAGUCGAGAAUGAAGAUUAUGGAGAAGAGGAGGAAUAUCCACAGGAAUUGCCGCCGCCGCCUGAUGGUGGUUACGGUUGGGUAAUUUGCUUCGCAAGUUUCAUGUGUAACAUGAUCGUGGACGGUAUCGCAUACACAUUUGGUCUAUUUUUGGGCGAAUUUGUCGAUUAUUUCAAGGAAUCCAAAGGAACAGUUGCCUGGGUCGGCAGUUUGUUGUGCGGCAUGUAUUUGCUGGCGGGUCCUUUGGUGUCGGCGCUCAGUAACAAAUUUGGAUGUCGCAGUGUUUGCAUCGCAGGAUCACUUUUGGCGUCAUUUUCGUUUGUCCUGAGUAUUUUCAGCACCUCUGUGACGAUGUUGAUGCUGACGUAUGGCGUGAUGGGCGGUUUGGGCUUCGGAAUGAUUUAUCUACCUGCUGUCGUGGCAGUUGGUUAUUAUUUUGAGACGAAACGAUCACUUGCAACAGGUAUCGCUGUCUGUGGUUCAGGCGUGGGAACUUUUGCAUUUGCUCCCUUGGCAAAUUAUUUGUUAAGUGUGUUCGAUUGGAAAAAUGCAAAUCUCAUUUUGGCUGGAUUAAUUCUCAAUUGUGCUGUUUUUGGGGCUCUAAUGCGUCCCUUGACAUAUCCGAAGCCGAAAAAACGCAAGCCUUUGAUGCAACGCAUGUACGAGGAGAAACAAGUGCAUUUACAACGAGGUUCCAUCAGCGGAUCGUACUUCAAAGUCCAUUUACCCGACGGCACUGUCGAAAAACGCUUGAAAAUGCCCGUCAACGCUGACCCGGGAGUCCACAGCAGCUUAGCUUUAGAUCAAUUAGCACAACCAAAUCUGCCUUCGGUGCCAACGCUUCCCACAAUCACGGAAUCCAAAGUGCAAGAGACGAAAAAUAACGGGCACGCCAACGGAAAUCAUCGCAAUCGCAGCAGCAACUCCGAAUCCGAUCAACCGGAAGCUUUGAACUCCCAACUACCACGUAACUCGUCGCAACCAGCAUUCGCAACGCAACAAACGGGGCUUCCAAAGAACACCAGCGUGCCAGUUUUCGAUCGUGUCCGCAAAUUAUCAUCGAGCGAAAAGUUCAAACCUUCCUUGUCUGCCAUUAAAGGAAAUUCUCGCAACGAAUUGCGACCCGAUAUGGGCGAUUACGAGACAACAGCGUCAAAAAUGUCUCUUUCCGGUACCGGAAAUCAACUUAUGGUGCGUCCCUUGUCCCGUAAAGACAUUUUCUACUCGGGUUCCGUGACAAAUCUGAAAGAAUACCAAUCACAAAAGUCACUCACGAACUAUCGAAACUCCGUUUUAUCACUUACGGCUUAUGAAAAGGAAAAAUUAAGAGAACAGGGGGAUGUUACUGCCUACGAUGCGACUGCACAAGAGUCUUGCGCUUGUUUGCCGCCAAGUAUCAGAGCCGCUUUAAGUACAAUGCUCGACGUGAGUCUCUUGAAAAAUGGCGCUUUCAUGUUCAUUGGCAUCUCGAACAUUUUCGGCAUGGCUGGAUUAUAUGUCCCAUUCGUUUAUAUCGUGGAUAUGGCGCAAAAUGACGGAAUUGAUGCCUCAUCAGCUACUUUCCUCUUGUCCAUCAUCGGAAUUGUGAAUACUUUUGGCAGGAUCAUUUGUGGGUACAUUGCCGACUUUCCGAGUGUCGAUGCGCUGUUCCUCAAUAACGUUUGUUUGGUCAUUGCGACAGUUGCGGUGGGGGCAACUCCCCUUUUUAGCACCUAUAUUGGUUACGUUUUAGUAGCAGUCGUGUUCGGUAUUGCCAUUUCCGGUUACAUUUCACUCACAUCCAUCAUUUUGGUGGAUUUGCUGGGACUGGAUAAGCUCACGAAUGCCUUUGGUUUGCUGAUUUUGUUCCGUGGUGCCGCGACAAUUGUUGGUUCGCCGCUUGCCGGAGGUUUAUAUGAUGCCACGCAAUCUUAUGCCAUUCCCUUUUUCGUUGCCGGCGGAUUAUUUGGACUUUCGGCAGUUUUCAGCUUUUUGGCGCCACUUUUGAAACGCUGUCAAAAAGAUUCCCCAGUGAGCAUUCAGAUCGACGAUGUUUUGACGCCAAUUGAGGAGGAUGAGGAAGACGCCGACGAUCAACCGAUCAAGUUUGGCGCGAAACCGACAGUUGUGGCAAAAGGUGACAAUAGCACGGCAUUACGACGACAAGACGAGUCCCAACUUUAAAUGUGAUUUAGACUAAAAAAAUACAAAAAAAAAUCUAGGUACUAAACUGCGAGAGAGAAGAAAGAAAUAUUUUAAUAAAAAAAAAAAAACUAUUUUAGAGACAACAAUAAAUGCAAUAAUAAUCAAACGUACCUUAUCUACGCCGCCGCGCUGCUACUGUAUAAAAAACACAUUAACUACGAGAUAAUCGCUACAAAGAAAAAAAAACUUUAAUCGCAGGUCCACACUUUUUUGUCAAUUAAUCAUUUGUUGAUCGGAGAUUUUGUCGAGUCAAAACGGAAAAUGAGCUUAAAAGCGUGUCAAGUCAAAUAAAAUUAAAAAUUUGUAAUAAUUUGUAACUUUUUAUUAUACAUUACCUAUAUAUAUUUAAUAUUAUUAAAUGUUUGAUAUAAAAAAAAAAUACGAUUAGGUAACAACACUUUUAGAUAAGAUGAAUAUUAAAAUUUUAUUGUUAAAAAAAUUUAUUAGUAAUGUUGAGUUGAUAAGAUAACUAAAUCUAACUCGGGCAGUAAAAUAAAUCAAGAGAGUUAGAAAAAAAAUUUUUUUUUGCCAUAUAUUUAAUAAAAAUAAGUUACUCAAGACAAAUUUUUAUAACUUUUGCCAAUACUCAAAAAAUAAUAAAAUAAAAUUAAAGAAAUAAUAAAAUCACAGCUUCAGAGCACAUUUCCCACCAUUUACUCAAAAAACACACACAAACACAAGAAAUAACACGAAUCAAUUAAGCAUUUUUGAGAAUCGUACCUGCCGUUCUGAUUCAGAAUCUGAAGUUUUUAAUAAUUAAUGCAAAAUGUCUAUAAAAAAUUAUAAAAUAAAAAAGUCCAGCCAGGUAUGUUAUAGAAAAAAAAAAUUCUAGUAGAAAAUGCUUACAAAUUAAAAAAAAAAAUAAAUAUAUAUUGAUAUGAAAAAAAAGUUAAAAAAUAAAAAUUAAAAGUCAAGAGUUAUACAUGUUUGUUAUUUAAAAAAUUAAUUAUUAUUUUAAAUUUAAUAGAAUAUAUAUUUUAAAAUAAUUUUCAAUUAAAAAUUGAAAUAAAAAAAUUAAUUUAAGAUUCGUGUUCAUUCAAUUAAAAUUUAAUAUUAAAUUUUUGUACAAGUAGAAUGUUUUCGAUCAUGAUUAUUAAUAUUACUUUACGUAAAAAAAAAAUUUGUAAGAGUCAUAA